AUGCCACUGAAUCUGGACCUUACCCAAGACGUCCCUGAAGAAGUUCUUCCAGUCCUUUCGCUUCACAAACGUCUAUGGGUCAAAGUUCAUGCCUUUCACUUCCAGAAAAUGAGGGGAAGAAGCCUUUUUGUUGACAAGAUUCUCGUCGGCAAGAUAUCUAUCCCACUGGACCAGUUUAUUGUCAACCAGCAGCUAGCUGCAAUCUCCGAGAAUACUCUCUCCACAGCAUCUGGGUACGAGUUUUGUGACACCCGGACUGGCUCUGAGUCCUUUUACAAGUACAUUGCAAGCUUCAACAGUAAGGUCGAUGUGUCUCCGCCAAACCAAGUUUUCCUACCAAGACUGUCCAACCAAUCGACCAUGCCAGCAUCACCAAGAAGGCCAUUUUGA